UUUUCUGGUAUUAUUUGCAGUAUUUUAAUGUGCCGACUCUGGCAACACUGGUGACCACGCUGCCGCAUAAAUAGAAUUAGCUUGCACGAAAUUGUCGAGCGCCGUCGUCGCUGGCAAACAGGAACCGUGGGACAGUGGGACAGAGGCAAGGAAAGGCAAAAGGCAUAACGCAGGGCGAUUAAGAGACGCGUCAAAAUUCGCAGAAACGCUGUUAGUUUUUCUAUUCCAAACUCUCGAAGUCUCGAAAUAUAGCCGCUGUUGUACAAACAACAAUUAUAACACCAACAAUAUGCCAAACGAUACGGUGGUUAAAGUACAAGAGUACAAGGACUCUCUCAUCCAGAAGGCCGAGCUGUUAAUAACCAAGCGCUUCCCGGAGAAGAUCGUCCAGCUGAAUGAACUGCUCGCCACACCAAUGUUCAAUGAGCGUAACUUUGAUGAGGUGCAUCAGGAUCUAAAUAUACCGGCGCUGGCUCCGGUUCUGGUUAAGAAUCACAAUUCCGAGGACGGUGACGGUGCUACCGAGGAUGGGGAUCAUCCGCCAACGAAACGGGCACGCAAGGAUGUGCUGGUGUCUGGUCAGCCGGUGUUGGCCCUGCCAUCGGGCACUGUGCCGUGCAACAAGCCGCUCUGCGAGAUGAUCAAGGUGGUGAAGCCGAUUAUACGCAAGCUGGUAGAGGAUUCCAAUCUAUUGAAGAUGUGGAUCUCGUUUAUGAUUCCCAAGAUCGAGGAUGGCAAUAACUUUGGUGUCUCCAUUCAGGAGGAUACUCUGGCCGAGAUCCAAACUGUGGAGUCGGAGGCUGCCGCAUUCUUUGACCAAAUAUCGCGUUACUUUUUGUCGCGCGCCAAGGUGGUGUCGAAGGUGGCCAAGUAUCCGCACAUCGAUGAUUAUCGGCGAGCUGUUGUCGAGCUGGACGAGAAGGAGUACCUCAGCCUGUGGUUGGUCGUUUGUGAGGUUCGCAAUCGCUAUUCCUCGCUCCACGACAUAGUCAUUAAGAAUCUGGAGAAGCUGAAGAAGCCGCGCUCCUCCAACACCGAGAGUCUAUACUAAGUGCGCUGCUGUUUUCAAAUCUUUUUUUUUUUUUUGCUAAAACUACCUCCUGCCCUACUUUUGUUUCAUUAAUUUUCUUUUUCCAUCAAUAAUCAUUUUUUUUUUAUUUGAAAAAACUUGUAUUCCGGAUUUCAAAAUCAAAUCACACACGCCUUUUCCCGCGCCUUGGAGCCUCCUCAACAAACUGACAAAAAAACAUAAACAAAAAACGAAAUAAGCGACAAAAGAGCUGAAAAGUUGAAAUCUUAAUGAUAAUAUUGAGGAAUCCUGAAUAAGACAGACAUUUAAGCAAUAGCUGGAAGGACGAUAAGAGUUAUUAAACCAUUUGUACGUCUAGAGUUUAAUGUCAGUUACUAAAAAAAAAACAUUAAAAAAAAAAAUAAGAAAAAAAAACUAAAAAACAAGAAUAUGAAUAGAAUUACAAGAAACCGAAAGCUGUAUAGAUUCCACUAAUAGCCUAUAGCUAUAAAAAAAGAAAAUAAUAAUAAACAAAAAAAAAAGAAACAUAUAUCAAAAAAUGUUGAAUUAGAAAACAGGGGCAGACGGAAAAUGGCUGUGCUGAUUUUUGAACAGUUUUUUUUUUUCCAAAAACAAAAGCGGAUAAAGAAUAUAUCUCGAAAUAUGGAUAAAUGGAAAAUUAAUAAGUAAACGGCCUAGGCAGCUGGCGACCGGCGACGCGAUGUAAAAAACAAAAAAACUGAAAAACUUAUGUAAUAAAAAUGAUAGCCUUGUGACCUUUCGGCAGAGUAUUAAA